UUCAAGAACUGUGUGGUUGCUGCUUCACGAAAUUCUUUUUGUGCGCAGAAGUCGCUAAAGCGUUCGGCCGAUUGUUCAUCUGCUUGACUGUGAGCUUGGCUUCUUCAUUCGAGUGCUACAUUUGUGCGGAAAACCUCACAAAACUAGUUUCCUUUGUGUUUGUGUGUGUGUCGCCAUGCCUGGCAAGCACCUGGAUAGCGAAAGUUGGGGAAACAUGCCGUCUUGUGAACUGUAUUUCUGGCUUGCGAAAAUUGUGCUUCUGGGACCGGCACACGGAGGACAGUCCGUGUGAUGGACUUGUCUGUUCAAGGAGGCGUCAUCCUGAUAUGACAACUAGCAGCGUUCGUGCAAAUAUCGCUGAACUCUUUCCGGCUAGUUUAUUCCGAGCCAUACUGCCCUUGUUCGCCACAUACGCUCUAUUCUCUUUUGCGACGUGCUAGUUACAUUUGACAGUGACGACGGUUAUCAUAAGUUUCACGUCUUAAGAGCGUGCGUCUGUGUUCUGCAAGCUAUAAAUGCUGCGUUUGAUUGGGACCGCAGCUUGAUUCGACGUGGGAGUACACGUGUAGGACACCUGCGCGCAUGUGCUAGACCGAGCAUUCUCGUCUCGCAAGAUCAUUUGAAAUUGUGACCGCGAACUGACCAGCGUUUUUUUUGUGUGUGUGUGGUCGUCUGCGCAAUUCUUGCAGAAACAUUUCUGAAAGCGCGUACAGUCGGCGCUGCAGUCUUGAACCUUGUCUCGUACGGCACGAGAUUAUUCGUACAUAGACCAUUCCCAACACCGCCUGUCUUGGCUUCGUAACUCAGCUUGUUUUUGGGCAUUUCGAGAGAACUUCGAUGCGUCGACGCAUCUUUCAAGUACGUCUGGAACUGUCUAAGGACGCGAAGAUUGCUGCUGCUCUCUGCGCAAGAAUCUUGCUUUGUUAAUCGUCGCGUCUACGACAAUAACUGCGUAAGAAGUGUGAUAUCGUGGAGCAUUGGUCUAAAGACGGCACGAGGCCAGCAAAGCAGGGUCAGUAAGCUUGCUGUUGUCCUCGCCUCAAACGUGAACACGAGACCAGCUGAACAGACGUGAACCGUGUGCACUUGUUUCUUUGGUGCACUUGUGACGUGUCACAUUGAUAGCAGCGGCUAAGCAUCUGGUGCACCGCCUUUUUGCCUCUUGUGGGGAUCGGAACUCGGAAGAUGAUCGAGGUGAAUUCUGGAUUACUCGCCGGCGUGCCGUCACCUUCAAAACGAAUCGGGAUGCUCUGGCGUCUCUGGAUGCUUUCUGUGGUGCUGUCCGUGGCGGAAGUAAAAGGUGUGCUGGUGUUCUGGUCUCCGUUCCACGACCCCCGGGUGCACGAGAACGCCCCGGCGGGUGUCCACGUGACCACGGUGCGCGCCCUGGACGAGUCGGCGCCGGGAAAGCCCGUGGCCUACAGCCUGCUGGAUGUCAAGGACUCCAACCACUUCCACCUGAACCACCUGACGGGAAACCUGACCACGGCGCGACCCAUAACCAGAAAGGCCGGCGACAAGUAUGUGGUGAUCGUGGCCGCCGUGAGCCAGGGUGUGACCGAGGUGAAGACGAUGCAGAUCGAGGUGACCGUGCCCAACCAGUACCCGCCCCGGUUCGAAUACCCGGUGUACCGCGCCGAGGUGCACCAGACCCGCACCCGACCCGGGUACCGGGUACUGCAGGUGCGCGCCCACGACCCGGACCCAAUGCCGUACAACGCCGAAGUCUACUACCACCUCGAGGCCGGACCGGAGUCCACGAGGGCACUCAGGUACCUCGCUCUCGAUGGCAUCACUGGCGAGGUUAUGUUGAACCGAAGCCUGUCGGACGUGGGGGACUCCAUGAUUGCAUUCACCGUCGUCGCCGAAGAUGGCGGGUCACCCAUGAAGCAGGACACAGCGCGCGUUGAAAUCCUCGUGAAGACGUUAUCCGACCCCCAGAACACGCGCGCUGUCGUGGUGAACGAGACGAGCGUGCGCAUAUGCUGGCAGCGACCCCUGUACGGCAACGUGUCCGGCUACGUGGUCAAGUACCGGGCGGCGUCGGAGAACGUCACCUCGUACCUCAACGUGACCACGGGCACCGCCGCCGACAAGUGCGUCCCGGUGCUCAAGCUGCGGCCCUGGACCGACUACGAGUACCGGGUGUACGCCUGGAAUGGCCGCGAAGAGGGCAUCGGCAGUCCCGUGGACCGAUUCGUCACGCGAAUCGACUACUGCGUCACGAACGUCUGCAAGCACGGCUCGUGCGAGGCCACGGACGCGCGCCCCGGUUACCGGUGCGUGUGCGACCCGGGCUUCUACGGCGAGGCGUGCGAGCACUUCGACCCGUGCUCGGAGAACCCGUGUAAGACGUUCGGCACCUGCGUCAACACCAGUCACGGCGAGUACCGCUGCGACUGCUUCACGGGCUUCUCGGGCCGCAACUGCUCCGACUUCAACCCGUGCCUGCUCAAGCCGUCCGCCUGCCUGCACGGGGGCGUGUGCCAGUCCAACGCGUCGCACAUGUUCACCUGCCUCUGCGUGGACGGCUACUACGGCAAGACGUGCCACCAGUACGACCCGUGCUUCUCGUCCCCGUGUUUGCACGGCGCCCGCUGCCUGAACGAGUCGGACGUCAAGUUCAGCUGCCAGUGCCCGCCGGGCUACGCGGGUGAGCUGUGCCAGGAGGACGUCAACGAAUGCCUCUCCAGCCCCUGCAAGAACCGCGGCGAAUGCGAAGAUGGCAUCAACAGCUUCACUUGUCAUUGCCCUCAGGGAUACGGAGGACCAGUGUGCGAGCUCAGAGACACGUGUCCCGAGGAGUUCCAGCAGACGGACAAAGGCACCUUCCACUGGCAGCCCCUAGCGCACGGCUCGGUGGCCAAAGCGGAGUGCCCGUACGGCGCGUACAACCCGGCCAGCGAGUACAAGUACGCGCGACGAAAGUGUCGUCUGCUGGCCGACGGGCAGACGAGCUGGAUGAAGGUGUCGGCCCAGCACUGCCGAUACAAGAGCUUCCAGGCAGCCGAGAACGUCACCUCGGAGCUGGAAUUCUUGACCCACGACCCAAGAAACAUCCGACCGGGCCAGCUGCAGGGCUUCGCCGAAAAGAUCGAGCCGGUCGUCGACUACGCGGUCAAGGACAUCAAGAUUGCGCAAGCCAUGAUUCACGUGAUCAGCAAUUUCCUCGCUCUCAAUGACAGCGUCAUCAAAGAAGGAGAUGCUGAUGGGAUUGCGGUCGAAAAGCUGGUCUCGGUCGUGGAGAGGUUCGCCUCCGAGGUCGUCCUCGACUCCGGAGCGCUCAUCAUCGAGAACGAGAACCUCGUGGUGAAGGCGGUCGCCUGGUCGCCCAAGCUUCUCUCGCAGGGCCGCGACUUCCUCACCUUCUCGCUGCGCUCCAACGGCGACCACUACCUGCACGAGGACUUCUCGGGGGACGCGGACGAACAGGAGGGCGGCGACAACAUUGUCCUCACCAUCCCGUUCGAGGCGCUGUCGAUGGCGAUCAACAGCUCUCGGCUGGCCGCCGGCGAGCCCUACCGGCCCAUACACGAGGUCGAGAAGGGGCCUCGCAUCUCGUUCGUGUCCUACCGGAACGACAAGUUUUUCCGGCCGGCUCGCAGAGACGACAAGUCCCUGGUAAGCGCAGGUCAAGUGGUCCUGUCGGCCAAGAUCGGCGAUAGCAAAAUCGAAAACCUCACCGAUCGCUUGGUAUAUUCGUACCCUACGUGCCGUGCUGGAACGUACGUCUGCGCUUUCUGGGAUGAACGCCGGAAGGAGUGGUCCACUGCCGGCAUCACGACCAAUCAGUCCGGAAAUGUCACCCUGUGCAGCUCGACUCACAUGACUGUGUUCUCGCUUUUGUUGGAUCCAAUGCCAGGGAUGGCCAUGACACCGCACCACUACCGCGUUCUCUCGAUCAUAUCCUACAUUGGGUGCAUCAUGUCCGUUGUGGGCCUGUUCUUCACCAUACUGACCUACGCUCUUUUCAGGUGCCUGAACAAGGACCGCUCGGGCAAGAUCCUCCUCAACCUGUGCUCAGCCAUGCUGUUGCUGAACCUGGCCUUCCUGGUGGGUUCCCUGCACGAGCGCUUUCCCAAGCUGGAGCUGUGCCUGGGCACGGCCGUGGCCACGCACUACUUCCUGCUCGCCUGCCUCGCCUGGAUGGGCGUCGAGGCCGCCAACAUGCACCAGAUGCUGGUCCACGUGUUCGCCACGUCCGAGACGUGCUUCAUGCUCAAGCGCGUCCUCAUAGCGUGGGGCAUUCCAGCUGUAAUUGUUGGAACGUGUCUCUCCAUAGACCUGGAGCCCUACAGGAGUCACGAUGACUACUGCGUGAUAUCAUCGAGAAACCAGUGGAUCUACUACAUCGCAUUCCUGGGCAUCUCUUCGUGCAUUCUAUUCGUCAACUUGAUCGUCUUCAUCAUGGUGACGAAAGUGCUCUUCAAGCCGCGAAUGGCCGGAGCUGCCGCGAAGUCGGCCAACAACUCCGCCUCCGGUUCAAGCUCCGGCGUUCCCAACCCCCUCCCCAUCACGGCGGCUCAAGUCCGCGGCGCCUUCACCGUCAUGACCCUGCUCGGGGUCACGUGGAUAUUCGGCGUGUUCGCAGUGGGCGAAGCGAGGACCGUGUUCCAGUACGUCUUCUGCGUCUGCAACUCGAUGCAGGGCUUCCUCAUCUUCGUCGUGCGAGUGCUUCAGUACCCGGAGGCCCGGGCAGCCUGGGCCCAGCUGGCAACUACGGGCACGUUCAAGAAGAACCGCGGAGGUGCGGCGCCCGCGGGGUCCUGGUGCACCAACUCGAACACCAAGCGCAACAGCCACUCCUCCAUGGUGCGGGUCACGUCGGCCAGCACAGACAGCACCAGCACCGUGGUCUUCAACAGCAACAUCUGGAGCAAGGGAGGAAGCGGCGGCCCCGCUGCUUCCAAGCACUCGACCAACAGACUGCCCCGCUUCUCUAGCGUCGGUAGCCUGCUGAAGAACUGCAACCUGCAGAAGGACGACAAGAUGAGCAACGCCGGAACGCUGUCUAGGAAGCAGAAGGCCAAGGCGAUCACCGAAGAGUCGCACGCCAAAGAGAACCACAAAGAAUUCUAUUCCGGCGACGAGCAAGUCGCGGCCGUAGUCCCAAGCCUCUACGUUGGCCAGGAGCAGCACAUCAUCAAGAGCAGCAGCCUGAACGCGUCGGACCCGCACAACUACGUGGACGAAGGCUCGCGCAGCGCGGCCACUACGCUCACCUUCGCGCCCAACCAAAAGACGCACAUUCUCUUCGCCUACGCCGGUGGCGAAACAACUCCCAUACGGAUCAACGGCAUCGUGCCCUCACCAGAGGACAAGCCGAGGGUCGAGUCCUUCAGCACGUUCCAGAGGUCCUCGCCCGUCCCUAGCGCGCCCCAAAUUCCGGAGCUGCCCCAAGCCAGGACCUGUCCCGUAGCAACAGCAGCAGCAGAACCAAUCAGCGUCGCUGCGACGGAGACUGAGCCAAUUCGUAGCUCGCUGAAGACGACGUGUAGCGAUGAAACGUCGUUCCUAGUUACGGAUGGAGCAGCCACGACAUUCGUGUCUUGAUGAACUAGCCGCGACAGUGGCACGUUGCUGUGCUUUGGCAUCUCUUGUGAACGUCGGCCGGUGACAGACUAGGACAGAGUGCCUUCUAGCCUCGACCGGAACACUGGUUGGCGCCGAGCUCCUUGUCCUGGAAAUGAAUAGCGUCCGCAGGCUUUGCAGCGAAUGCACCUGCACCAGAUAUGGUGUCCUCGACCGAGACACUCACUUUGUCAAGUUGGAGUGCUGCAGCGUGGAAUAUUCGAAGACACAGCCCGGUCAUCAUGGAAAAAAAGAGUCCACACGUGUUUUUGUUUGCGCGUGAAGGACAUUAAGAACCAAUAUCUUUCCUUCGUCUCAUAAUGACCUAGUGCAGCUACAUCAAUUAUAAGUUGCUGUGCCCUGAAGAGCUGUGGUCUUCCCAAGAACAGUGAUCUCAACGUCUUGUGAUUGAGACGGCGAUGGUGACUUGUUAGUGGCCGUUGUUUCUUUUACACUGCCCUCUUUUACGUACUGGACAAAAGCAGGGACAUGUGUCGCAAGCGUGAACUUCGCAACCUGUUAUAAAUGACAUAGCCUGCUACAGACUGCGCUAGUCGUUCGAACAUUUUACUGAGAUUUCUCUUUUCGUGCGCCUUACUUGUGAGACAAAUCAAAACUGAGACCGUGGGUCAUGGCUGUGGGUGGCCAGGUACGUUGCUUUAUGCCUUUUCCAUCAGCGAAUUAUUCAAUCGUGUUCGCUGUGGGGCGAGCCAAAAGACACGUUGUGAUUUCUCUACUAGGUCAACACGUUGUGAACGUUUUGUUACUGUGACGGUUACCGUUCUGCCUAUAUACUGUGGAGCACACAUCCCUUUACGAAUAUAUUCAGGACUGCUUCUCAAAUGGCGAUACCCGUUUCAUAUAAUAGAAAAAUAUUUUGCAUGGAGAUCUCCAUCUCAAUUUACACGUUCUACUUCUGCGUGGCCUGCUAUGUCCUCUUCUACGCAUGUACCGUGUGUCGCGACUAAUGUUAGCCAAGCUAUUCAACGAAAAAAAAAGUGAUUUAAAAACGCCGUGCAAGAUAGAAAUAUAGGACCUAUAGGGAACAAAGCUGAUUUUUCGACUAGUUUGUACGCUGUGCUCAUAAUGGCAAAGCUUUCAGCGCAAUCCUAAAAAGGCAGGGACUUGACAGAGACGCGGGACAGCACCUGUCGUGUGUCUGUCAAGUGCCUGUCCUUUAGAAUUGCGCUGAAGGUUUUGCCAUCAUGAGUAACCCUAUAGGGAGUUUGGCCGUCAGCGCUCUGAUAACCGCACAAGGUGUGUUGCAAAUUUACAUCUUGCACUGUGUUUUUUCAGUCAUUGUUUCCGAUUAACAGCUUGAGUAAAGUUAUCUGGGACAACCUAUGUAUCACUGUAAAGUUACAAAAAUUGGAGGCAGUUGUCUGAGGGAUACUAAACUACAUUUGUGUCUGAACCAUCCUAAUGCUACAAUAUCUGCGAACACUGCCCGUAUUGCUGCCGCAAAAACCACUGGUGUUUGAAUUUUUGUAAGUAAAAUGAAUUUUACCUCUCAGAA